GAAAAUUUUUCUUUACUGAUAGUCAAAAUUUAGAAUUUGUAAUGAUAAAAUAUUUAAUAUGCUGCUUUGUUUUAUACAACUUAUUCAUGAUUCAAAUUUUACCGCCCAUCAAUGGAACAUGGAUCCCCAUGGAAUUCAAAAUUAAUAUCACUGAUAAUAAAAUGCUGCUUUUACCAAAACAUGAAUCAACAAAAUUUAACAUUAGAACUAAAUUAAUUCGUACAGAUUCUGGAUAUACAUUUCGUUCAGAGAAAUUAACUGAUACCUUUGAAAUUCCCCUGAGUACUUGUGCACAAACAAUAACCUACAAAGUGUUUGGACUUCAAAAACAAACUCAACAAACUAAUUUUAUGAUAAAACCUGAAUAUCUUCCUGAAGUUCAAAAUUUACGUAUUACAACACCAGAUGAUACUAAUGCUCGAACAGUUCAUUUAAAUUGGACAUUGAAUACAGCUAAUAACAAAUUAGUAUGCCCUUAUAAAACGUAUGCUUUCGUUGAAUCAGACAGUAAACGUUUAGAAUAUGAAACAUUACAUAAUCACUUCGAUAUAAGUUGUCUUGAAUCAAGUAAAAUAUUUAAAAUUGGCGUCAUAGUACAAUCAACUCAGAAUACAACAGUUAAUCGUAUGGUUCAUUUAGAUUAUUCAACAUGUGAACAGCCACUUAUUCAACCGACAGUAGUGUUACAAGUCUGAAAACAUUCCUUCCUUAUAAGCAGUUAUGUAUCAAAUAUACGUAUAUAAAUGAAUAAAUUGUGAAAGUAACUUUUUCGUUUUACAAAUAAAC